AAAUAAGUAAACUCCGACCAACGGAAACAACUAUUCUGAUUAAUUAAUGUUCGAUUGUAUUCGAUUGAUGUCAACGAAGUCCGAAAGAAUCGAUUCAAUAAGUAUCGUCUCUAAACACUGUUAGCAGAAGAUCAGCCUGGAAAUGAAGUGUAAUGUGCCGGCUUUUGUAGUGUUUCACUUUUGUGUUGGAUUCUGUUUUACAACUGCUAAUAUAAACUUGAAUUUGGGAUCCGAUAGUGUUGUUUGGACUGUUAAUAAUAAAAAUGGAUCUAUAACGAUACCAGGAACUGUCCCUGGUGGCAUUUAUUCGGACUUGCACAAAGCAGGCGUAAUUGGCGACAUCCUGGCUGGAUUCAAUGACGUACUGACAAGAUGGGUAGCGUACGACACUUGGACGUAUACAGGACAUUUUCCCGUAACUGCAGAGCAAUUAGCACCAGAUGUAGCACAUCUGGUCUUCCAUGGACUGGAUACGGUUGCAUUUAUCGAAUUGAAUGAUUCUCCAAUCGGCACUGCAAAUAAUAUGUUCGUUAGAUAUGUAUUCGACGUGAAAGAAUACUUGAAGGCAGGAGUGAACAAAUUGAAGAUAACUUUCCAAUCUCCCGUGGAAGCAGCAAAGCAGCGUUCUGAUAAACAUUUCACGCUCCCUGCUUGUGUGCCUGAUAUCUACAAUGGGGAAUGUCACGCAAACCAGAUUCGAAAGAUGCAAGCCUCAUUCGCCUGGGAUUGGGGACCAGCUUUCCCUUCAGUUGGGAUUUGGAAACCAGUAAUUAUUGAGUUUUACAACGGAGCUAUAAUAAGAACGGUUACAACGCACACCGAGAAAAAAAAUGGCGAAUGGAAACUAAAUAUUGUGGCUUACCUAGAAUCUAGUAAAGUAAUAAAGCAACUUGACGGGUACUUAAGUGCAAAAUUAUCGCUCGAAGGACAUCAAGAGGUUAAACUUGGAAAAGAUGUAAAUCUUGCAACUAGAGAUGACGGUUCCGUGGAAGUGGAACUCAAUAUUACAAUAAGUGAGAAUGUUGUAAGACUUUGGUGGCCAAAUGGAUACGGAGAUCAACCCCUAUAUGAUUUAAAUAUAUUUUUCACAACACGAGGUAACGAGAAUAACGUAUCUCGAAAGAAUUUGCGUGUUGGGUUCCGAACUCUAGAGCUCGUUCAAGUUGAUGCCUCCACGAAACUCGGUAAUAACACAAUAGGCGGCGAAGGGCUUGUAUUCUAUUUUGAUAUAAACGGCUAUCCGUUAUUCAUGAAAGGAUCAAAUUGGAUACCAGCUGAUAUUUUACCUGAACGAGGAUAUAAUAAAACAACUGUAAAUAGCUUGCUGACUGCAGCACGAGAUGCUCAUAUGUCAAUGCUGCGCGUCUGGGGCGGUGGAGUAUAUGAGUCUGAUUAUUUUUAUGAGAGAUGCGACGAACUUGGCAUUUUAAUCUGGCAAGAUUUCCUUUUUGCCUGCGCCAUGUAUCCGGCUGAUACUGAAUUUUUGGAAAAUGUCAAGAUUGAAAUAGAGCAGAAUGUUAUUCGUCUUCAACACCAUCCAUCUAUAGCAGUCUGGGCUGGCAAUAACGAGAAUGAGGGAGCAUUACGUGGUAACUGGUACAAUACUCAAUCACAAUUUGAAAAAUACAAGGAAGAAUAUAUUAAACUUUACGUGGAGACAAUGAGACCGAUUGUCGAAAACUUUGACCUGGAUAAUAGAGAAUAUUUGGUAUCAAGUCCAUCUAAUGGUUUGGAGUCGGAACUCGAAGGAUAUAUUGCUGAAAAUCCUUCUGAUCCUCACUAUGGCGACGUGCAUUAUUAUAAUUACUUUGCAGACAACUGGGACAUAAAUAUCUAUCCAAAAACGAGAUUCGGUUCCGAAUAUGGUUUUCAGUCCUGGCCUUCUCUCGCCACUACAAAGACUGCUACACAAGACCCUAACGAUUUAAGAUUAGAUAGCGAGUAUUCGAAACAUCGGCAGCACAGUCCCAAUGGAAAUUAUUAUAUUUCACAACAAAUAGAACGGCAUUUAAAACUCGAUGAAAGCGAUACGAAGCAUUAUGAAAAAUUCGUCUUUUACAGUCAGAUAUCACAAGCAAUGGCUAUCAAGACAGAAUCAGAAUAUUACCGGCAAAACCAGUACGAAUGGUAUACAAUGGGUGCAUUAUAUUGGCAAUUGAAUGAUGUAUGGCAAGCACCGUCAUGGUCUGGAAUAGAAUAUGGCGGCAAAUGGAAAAUGUUGCAUUACUACGCCAAGUGGUUUUUUGCACCUGUGUUAAUUUCUCCUAGAUUACUUCUGACAGGCGAUGUGGACGUAUAUCUGCUCAAUGACAGAUUUGUACCUAUAAUAGACGCACAGAUAAUUGUGGAUACAUUCAAUUGGAGUAGCUUAACUCUUAUCAAAUCCGAAAGUUAUCCAGCCAAUGCCCAGUCACUGAGCUCUAGUAAACAAAACUUUUCGCUGUCCAUGUGGAAUGUUGAUACAGAUGAAAUUUUUUUGAGGUUCACAUUGAAAUCUGAAGGAGUGUCUUCAUCGCCAUAUAAUUUUAUAUUCCCAAAACCUUUGAAAUCUGUUCGAGGUUUGAGGGUACCUCAUAUAACGAUCAGAGUAUCUGACCCUACUCAAGAAAUUAAUGGGAAACAAUUUUAUUAUCCUGUAGACGUACAUGUGGACACAGUGGUGCUCUUCCUGUGGCUUGAAGCUACUGGAAUAACAGGCCAAUUUGAAGACAAUGGCUUUAUAGUAACAAACCCUUAUGUUCGUACACAUUUUAUAACACAGAAGAGAAUAUCAAUCAAAGAAUUAGAGCAUAGUAUUACUUAUCAAUAUUAUGUCAAUUGAUGUUAUGUAUAGAAGUAAGCACCUACCUGUAACAAAAAAUAUUUAUAUAUUAAAAUUGAUUUUAAUAAAAUUUUAUGCUUUACUAAAUAAAAAAAAACUGAUUGAGUUUGAAUGUUUGAA